CCCCUCCUGCCAGCUCAGCUGACAACAGCAGCACCUCAGCAGCCAAAUGAUGAUGGCAGACUCUGGAAGUACCGAAGAAGUAGCUGUGAUCGGUAACACCGAUAUCACGUCCACGGAAUCCGAAAACAACAUAAUAAACACGAUGGUGGAAAGAGGGACAGCUCUUUUGAAAAAAAUGGAGAUUAAUGUUGCAGGCGAGAAGAGGACCGGGAAGAACACAGUUAACAUGCAGGAAACCUACACAGUCUAUCUCAUAGAAACACGCCCAGCUGAGACUGUCCCAGAUGGAGGUACUCCUGCAGCACCUGACACUUUGUGGAGACGCUACAGUGAGUUUGAGCUGCUCAGAACAUUCCUCCUUGUCACCUACCCUUAUAUCAUCAUCCCUCCACUACCAGAGAAAAGAGCAGAGUUUGUUUGGCACAAGCUGUCAGCAGACAACCUGGACCCAGACUUUGUUGAGCGACGGAGAGUCGGUCUGGAAAACUUCUUGCUGCGAGUUGCAUCACAUCCUGUCCUUUCCAGUGACAAAAUCUUCUUCCUCUUUCUGACAGAGGAGAAGGGAUGGAGGGAGGCUGUUUUGGAGACGGGUUUCCAAGACAAGGUGGACUCCAGACUUAAGUCUCUGAGUGCCAUGUUCAGAGUCAAAAACCCCGACAAGCGAUUCACAGCACUGAAGCAGUACAGUGAUGAACUGACCACAGUCGUCUCUCAGUUACUGAGAGUGCGGGCGAGGGUAGCAGAUAGACUGUAUGGAGUUUACAAGGUCCAUGGUAACUAUGGCAGAGUCUUCAGUGAGUGGAGUGCGAUAGAAAAAGAGAUGGGAGAUGGAUUGCAGAGUGCAGGCCACCACAUGGACACGUAUGCUGCAUCAAUAGAUGACAUUUUGGAGGAGGAAGAGCAUUAUGCAGACCAACUGAAAGAAUACCUGUUCUACACUGAUGCUGUCAGAUCUGUAUGCAGGAAAAAUGAGUUGAUCCAGUACGAGUUGGAGAUGACGGCUCAGGAUCUGGCGAAUAAGAAACAACAGAAAGAAGAGCUUGCCACAGGGACGGUGCGUGUCUUUUCGCUGAAGGGGAUGACCAGUAAGCUUUUUGGCCAAGAGAGCCCCGAGCAGAGAGAGAGCAGGCUGGCAGCUUUGGAGCAGAGUAUCCAGGAGGGAGAGCAAACACUCAAGGAGAAGAACAACGAGUGCCAAGAGUUUGUGCGAACAGCCUGGGAGGACAUUGAACGUUUCAAGGAGCAGAAGGACAAUGAUUUGCGCGAAGCACUAAUCAGCUACGCCAUUAUGCAGAUCAGCAUGUGUAAGAAGGGAAUCCAGGUGUGGUCCAACGCCAAGGAGUGUUUCAGCAAAAUGUGAGCCACUUUCCACCCAAUCAUUCUCCUGCAACAAAGCAACAGACAGACAGAUUGUUCAGAGUGGGACCUGCAGUCUUAUGGAGACAGCACUGGGAGCCUAAACAAGGCCUUCACUUUGUUUGCUCUACAGAAUCGAAGCUACUUUGAAGAAUUCUUUGCCCUUUAUGUCUUGAAAGUUCCCAGGUCAUGGUCUUUUAUUGUAUCUGCGCCUUUAAAACCCCCAUCCCAUAAUAUUCUGCGAUUCUGCUGAUUUGACCUUCAUAGUGCAGAUGAUCCAAAUUAUUAAUGCUGUCCCUCCUUCGUUGCAAAGAUGGCAGCAGGUCUACAAGGAGAAUCCUGCACCUAUAAUUCAUCAUGCUUACACAGAGGAAAUAGAUGUGCAGUUUAUUCCAGCUGUUGCAUUUACUUGAUUUAUUUUGUACCCCGAUAGAAGAAAAAUAUGAGAAGCUGAGAGGGGUCAUCUGAUAAGAACACCUUGAAAUAAAGGAGGAUUGUAGACAGUGUGCAUCAGUGACCAUCUGCAAACUUUUGUUGGUCUAAUUGUAAACUUUGAAACAUAAUUAAUUGUCAGUUCCACUCAAGAAUUCGGCUUUUAUAUCGAUGAUUAGCCUGUCACCUAAAGUAGAGCCUGCAACAUUUCUUACCAUAAAGAGACUGUUCCCUAGGCCUCUUAAAUGUAGCAGAACUUAGCAGUGAAAAAGGGCAACCAAUUAGAGGAUUGUUGCCAAGAAGUGGUUGCAAAAGCAAAUUUCCACAACCGCUUCCUCUCAGCCACAAACAACAUCAGGGGUUGCAAACCAAGCUGAAGCUAUCCUCAGCUUACUACAAUCCCUAACUCAGACAUCCCCCUCUUUGGAAAUGGUAUUUUAUUGCAUUGUCAGCUGAUUGAUUGGACAAAAAUAAUCAGGGGGAACAUAGGCUGCACUCAAGGAAGCCACUUAGCAUCACUUUUCUUAUUUUCUUUGUUUAUUUGUCACACACGUCAUGCUAAAGUCAGUCUCUAUGCUGUUAUUAAUAAAUAGCCGACCAAAGAGCUUUCGAUCAGAUACUUUUAUGGUACAGAUAUUUUGUGGGGAGCACUGGAGAGGGGAAGUUUGGUCAUUGACAUCAACCUUUUUGCUUCUGUAAAGGUUUAUAAAAGAAACAAACAUAAACACCAAUAGUUCA